AUCAAAAGACAGCUGCGCAAAAAUAAAGGCAAACCGGUUGAAUUUAUUAAAUCAAAUAUUUACAAAAGUAUCAACACUUAAAUCAUAUUUGAUUGCAUUUACGACAUAUUGUGAGAGGAAUAUUUAUAUAAAGGGAAAGCGAAAAUAAAAUUCAACGUUGUUGAAAGCACAAUUUCAAUAAAAUUACUUACCGAUUUGUCCAGCCUUCCAGAGAGCUACUUCUGUAUUCAGAUUCGUCAUGGAAGAGUCAGAUAGUGAAUUUGCCUUUGAAACAGAUCAUUUAGCACUGCGGGGGAAUCAAGAUUAUUGUGAGUUGCUUAAAUAUAUAGUCAAGUUAGAAGCUAUUAAAGUGAAAGCUUUAAAAGAUAUUGAGGAUAUAUCGGAAGCGCAGAAGGAAGCUCUAGAUAAUCCUUUGCAAUUUGUGGAAGAUUUAAAGGAAAACAAGAUAAACUUCCCACCUCGACAAACUGUCCCCGACUUACCAAAAAUUGAUUGGAACAAAUAUAAUAUUGAUAUAUCAUUGGAAUGUGAAGAACCAAGUUUUGUUAAAGAAGAAAUUGAUACAACAACAAAAGUACGUGGAAGGAAGUUUACUGAUAAUAAACCUGAAACAUUUAACCAACUCUGGUCAUGUGAGGAGCAAAAGCGGCUAGAAGAAUUACUAGAAAUAUACCCUGAGGAGGUAACUGAGGCAAGCAGAUAUAAAAAAAUUGCACAAGCUUUAGGAACAAGAACACCUAUACAGGUUAUGAGUCGAAUACAGAAAUACUUUGCUAAAUUAGCUAAAGCUGGCUUACCUAUUCCUGGCCGAAUACCAAAGCGGAUUGCAAAAGACAGAAAUAAUUCAAUAUUUUAUAAAAAGUCAACAUUCUUUCCGCAAUUACAUGUGCCUGUUAAAAUGGAGGAUCCUCUAGAUAGCAUAGAUGCCUAUGAUGGAACCUCUACAUUAAAUACAAAAGACAGUAACAAAUAUAUUCUUGAAUUAUUGAAAUCAGCAAAAGAGCAAAGAAUAUUGGAUGAAACAUCACCUGUUUAUCAGACAAACACAAUGUGUGUUGGAUGUAUGAAAACGGGAUUUUUAGGAGCGAGGUGGACAGACAAUGCUGGUACAGACUAUUGCACUGAUUGCUUAGUAAAACUUUUGCCCGCUGAAAAGUUAAUACCAGUUAGAAUAGUGCAAUAAUUUUAUAAUUUUUAAUAAAAAAUUAUAAC